AGGCAGGAGUCUCUCACUCCUCCCGCUGGCAAAGAGAAGGACAGACUAUGUUGUUUUGAGAGAACGUGAAUGAGCAUGCACCUACCAGGUGCACCCAUCCAGCAGUUCCAGCGGCUGGGCAUGUUGGGUCACCCCUAUCCCCGGUCACAGAGGUGGUGUGUCGUGCCAAUGAGGGAUCCCUGUCUCUCAAACCUUGCGGAAGAAGGUAUAGAGGCACCGUGGGUGAACUGGGUGGGCGCAUCCCGCCAGCAGUUCCAUGAAGUAGCACUAAGCCGGCGUGUGUGAUUUGCCAUACCUAUGCUUAUAUUGUAAUUCUCUCUCUCUUCCAAGUCGCAACCGGACUGCCCUCACCUGUGCCGUCUGUCACAAAGUGUACAGAGACCUAUCCACGCACUUGAGGAGAUGCUGCAUGAGACUUCGCACAGACGAUGAGAUCCAAUCCAGUCUGUUAAUUUCCAAGACCACCCUGAAAAACAUUGGCAGCCGUGGUACCACCAUCAGCUACAAUCAGGUCGCCUCCCUUCAAUCCACUGAGGACAUUGUACAGUUCCUGGAAGACAGAGGGUUUACCAUCAUCGAUAAGCCCCCUUCUCCCUGUGCUUCCAGUUUGAUGUCUGGUCCUCCUCCCCAGGCCAGCCAGAAGCUUUCAUCUUCCACCCCCAAUGAUGACGGAACUGUUUGCCAGCUUAUCAGUGAUUGGGAGGAUAGGGAUUUAAUAACCCUGAGCCUAGUGGAGGACAAUGGUGUUCCAGUAACCGUGAACCCGGUGGUGGAGGUUUCUUCAGGAACCAUGAGCCCAGUGGUGGAUGUUUCUUCGGGAACCGUGAGCCCGGAGGAGGGUUCUUUUGGAGCUCAGAACCCAGUGGCGGUGGAGGUUUUUCCAAUAACCGUGAGCCCAGUGGAGGAGUGUUCCUCAGUAACCCCGAGUCUAGGGGAGGUGGAUCUGGCCCCUUCAGGAGUGGAGGUGGAUGUGACCCCUUCAUUAACCAUGGACCUAUUCUCCUCAGCCGAGUCUCCAGGAGAAAGCGAUGAGCAUUUCUUUCAAUGCACUCCCUGGUGGGUACACCACCCUUGGUCAUGAACAUUGAC